UAACCUGUGGUUUCCGGCUUCAGCAGACAGCGGCGCAACAUUGUAAACACGCAGCGUCCAUUUUCAAACCCGUCCGGAGAAACCUCGCACAUCACCGCUGAAUAUGGGGGCCGUGCUCGGGCUUUGUUCCAUGGCCAGUUGGAUUCCUUGCCUUUGUGGCAGUGCUCCUUGCCUGCUGUGCAGAUGCUGCCCAAGUGGAAACAACUCCACAGUUACUCGGCUGAUCUAUGCCUUCUUUAUGCUGCUGGGUGUGGGCAUCGCCUGCAUCAUGCUCAUGCCAGGCAUGGAGGGGCAUCUCCAGAAGAUUCCAGGUUUUUGUGAAGGAGGAAUGGGGUCGUCCAUCCCAGGAGUCCAAGGUCAUGUGAACUGCGAUGUGCUGGUGGGCUAUAAGGCUGUGUAUCGUGUGUGCUUUGGAAUGGCUAUGUUCUUUCUGCUCUUCUCUCUCAUCAUGGUAAAGGUCAAGAGCAGCCAGGACCCAAGAGCUGCUGUGCAUAACGGGUUUUGGUUUUUCAAGUUUGCGGCUGCCACUGCUAUUACAGUUGGAGCUUUCUUCAUUCCUGAAGGCCCUUUUACUACUGUCUGGUUUUACAUUGGUAUGGCUGGAGCGUUCUGUUUCAUCCUCAUCCAGCUGGUGCUCUUGAUCGACUUUGCUCAUUCUUGGAACGAGUCCUGGGUGGAGAAAAUGGAGGACGGAAACUCUCGCUGCUGGUAUGCAGCUCUUCUAUCUGCCACAGCCAUCAACUACGCUCUGUCGCUGGUGUCUCUGGUCUUGUUCUAUGUGUAUUACACUCACUCUGAUGGCUGCACUGAGAACAAAGUCUUCAUCAGCAUCAACAUGCUGAUGUGCGUUGGUGUAUCUGUCAUGUCCAUCUUGCCUAAAAUCCAGGAGUCCCAGCCCAGAUCUGGUCUCUUGCAGUCCUCCAUUGUUACUCUGUACACCAUGUAUCUGACUUGGUCUGCCAUGACCAAUGAACCUGACCGCAGAUGCAACCCUAGCUUGCUUGGCAUUAUUGGCCUCAACAGCACCACCCCUGCUGGUCAGGACCGUGUUGUUCAGUGGUGGGAUGCCCAGGGCAUUGUGGGCUUGAUCUUGUUCCUGAUGUGUGUGCUGUACUCCAGCAUCCGAAACUCCAGUAACACCCAAGUCAACAAACUGACCCUCACCAGUGACGAGUCUGCUUUGAUUGAGGAUGGUCCCGUUCCAGAGAACUUUGAAGUGGGUGAUGGCUCCAACCGUGCCGUUGACAAUGAGAAGGAUGGAGUCACCUACAGCUACUCUUUCUUCCACUUCAUGCUUUUCUUGGCUUCCCUGUAUAUCAUGAUGACACUGACAAACUGGUACAGCCCUGACUCCAGCUAUGAGACUAUGACCAGCAAGUGGCCCUCUGUGUGGGUGAAGAUCACCUCCAGCUGGGUCUGCAUCUCGCUGUAUGUGUGGACCCUGGUGGCUCCACUGGUCCUCAUCGACCGUGACUUUGACUGAGAGGACGGACUAUCCACAUGUACAGGGAUAGGAGGGUCUAAAUGUAAAUGCAAGUGUUUUGUUUCGUUCUGCUGACCCUACAUGUUUUUUUUUUAUUUACCUUGCAUGCUUUUAUGUAGUGUUCAUAUAUGAGCUGAAAUAAAUUAAGAACAUGG